ACCAUUUCUCUAAAGUAUUAGGUAGGAGCAUCAACAGAGACCAAUAUAAUUCAACCAUACAUGACCCACGAGAGCGGAGUAAUAAGCUGAGAAGAAGUUAUAUACAGUACGAUCGAUAUAGCUGGUAGCUAUCAUUAUUCAAGAAAGAAAGAUGGGAAGAGCGGAAGGAUGGACUAGAUUACGGACAGCCGCCCUUUUGUUCAACGCCAUAUUGUUAGGCGUCGGAAACUGCGGCAACCCUCUUCUCACGCGCCUCUACUUCAUCGGCGGCGGCACCCGGAUAUGGUUUUCCACAUGGCAGCAAACCGCCGCUUGGCCAGUCACUUUCAUCCCUCUUUUCGUCUCCUACCUCCACCACCGCCGCAGCCGGAGCCGGACAAGUGACUCCGGUGAGUUCCAACACAUCACGCCGUUUCUUUUCAUCUCCGCCGCCCUCAUCGGCCUUCUGAUGGGCCUGAACAACUACCUCUUCACGUACGGCGUCGCCAAGCUUCCGGUCUCGACGGCGCUUCUGAUCGGGAGCGCUCAGCUCGCGUUCACGGCGGUGUUCGCUUUCUUCCUCGUGAAGCAGAAGUUUACGGCAUUCACGAUAAACGCGAUCGUUUUGCUGACGUUAUCAGCGGUUGUUUUGGGCGUCCGGGCUGGGAGCGACCGCCCGGACGGCGAGCCGAACAAGGAAUAUAUUUUGGGGUUUGCUUUGACAGUUGGGUCGGCGGCUUUGAUAGGUUUGCUUUUUCCGUUGGUGGAGUUGAGUUAUAGUAAGGCCAAGAAGGCCAAAAUUGAGUAUAGUAUGGUGCUGGAAUUUCAGAUGGUUCUAUGUUUGGCUGCCACUCUUUUCUGCACUGUUGGAAUGUUCAUAAACCAUGACUUCCAGGCAAUAUCAAGAGAAGCAAGAGAGUUUAAAUUAGGAAAAACAAAGUACUUCUUGGUAAUAGUGGGGAAUGCAAUAUUUUCACAGUUCUUUUUUGUGGGAGCCCUCGGAGUGACGUCGUACGGCUCAUCUCUGCUGUCUAUGGUCAUCAUCACCGUCCUCCUCCCUAUCACGGAGCUGAUGGCCGUCAUCUUCUACCACGAAAAGUUCCAGGCCGAGAAGGGCAUUUCUCUCUUUCUCUCCAUCUGGGGAUUCGUUUCUUACUUCUACGGCGAUAUAAAAAACAACAUCAAGAAAAAGAAACAGCCACCGGCGGCGCUGCAAAUUACAGAGAUGCCAUCUUCCGUCAUUUCACCGUCAAGAAUUGUGACCGGUCCUUAAAGUCGUAGCGCAACACAACUCGCAAUCCAUUCCAUUGGACCGGCCGGCCGGCCGGCUUCAUCGUCUGAUUUAUAGGCCUGUCGUCUAAUACUUUAAUGGCAUGACAAUGGCCCUUUCCAGAUGCAAUGUGUAGUAAGUACUACUUGUCAGUUGAAAUUCAAUCUCUUGGAUCGUGACAUCGAGUAUGUGAAAAUAAGAAGUACUCGUACUAGUAAUUAUUGAUCUGUAUGUGAUUUAAAUAAAAUGGUUGAUAAAAUUGUGAUUUAGAUAAAGACGAUAGAUAACAUGUUACUUCUUAAUUUCCUAUUCACAAACCGCAUGACUAUAAUUUUUAGUGUCUAGCUAGUAGGGUUAUGGAUAUUUCUCUUGCAUUGAAAUCUUCUUCCUUGAACUAUGUUUGUAAUUUGAAUGGAUUCUUUUGUACUGGUCUGGUUCGUUCUGAAAUGGGAUAGUCUAAUUUGAACCGAUCUCCA